AUGCCUAUCCUGUGUCAGAGCUCACACAGUGGAAGGCACCCAGCCUUUCUUUAUGUCUUGACACCAGCAGGUUAGGUUUCUCGUCUGCACAGCUUCUCGAGGUGUUCCCUCAGUACUGACGUGACAAAAUAAGCUGCAGUGCAGCCCUGUUGUUCUGGACGGGAGCUGAGGCUCUGCAGUACGUUACAGCAUAUCCCCCUUUUUUACAUCGAUUUUACGGGGUUGUAUUGUCGGCGCACUCCGGACAAAUCUAGACAGGUGUGGCUGUCUAGACUGUGGGAGAAAAGCCUGCCCCGUGUCCCUCUGUGAUAUAGUUUAACUGUGGUUGGAUGUACAGGGGGGGAAAAAAAGCUGAAUGCUGUUUCUGCUCUGAAGAAGUGACUUCUCCUAAAUGUAGAAAUCUGUGUGAAUUGCUGCCAGCCCACUAAAUGUCAUCCUCCUUGCGCCUCAACACUCUGCUGUGUGAAGGCAGUGCAGGAUUCAAGUGAGAAAGCUAUGGUGGAGAGGGACACGCAUACCGCCAAGGUAUUUGUUCAUAGUGACAGGUGCAGUAAUGGUCCAGACGCCGCUCGCUGAAUGGAAUUGGCAUCACUUGCGAGGAGGUCACCCUUGACCCACUUUGUGCCUUCUGUAUUUGAAGGACGUUUUCACGCUGUAGCCUCUUUGCCAGAAAAUACACACUUGUGUAUUUCACAGAGAUGUUCCUCCUACAAUUAUUUUCAUGGUUUUGUUCUAUGUGCUGACGAUGACUUUUCUUUCCCACAGACCAACCAGCAGCACGGGUGGACGCGGCUCUCGUGGCAUGACUACCACACACAAGGGAAACAAGGCCUUGAAGGUGAAGCGGGAGCCGGGAGAAAAUGGCACCAGCCUGACAGACGACGAGCUGGUGACCAUGUCGGUGCGGGAGCUGAACCAGCAUCUACGGGGCCUGACGAAGGAUGAAAUCCUUCAGCUGAAGCAGCGGCGGCGUACCCUGAAGAACAGAGGCUACGCCGCCAGCUGCCGGGUGAAGCGUGUCACCCAGAAAGAGGAGCUGGAGAAGCAAAAGUCUCAGCUGCAGCAGGAAGUGGACAAGCUGGCCACAGAGAAUGCCAGCAUGAAGGUGGAGCUGGACGCUCUGCGUUCAAAGUACGAGGCCCUCCAGAGCUUUGCUAGGACUGUGGCCCGCAACCCCGUCAUCUCAUCCAGGGGCCCUAUGGCCUCUGUCAUAGGGCCCCUCAUCCCUGGUAAAGUAGCUGCCACCAGCGUCAUCACCAUCGUCAAAUCAAAAACGGGGGCUAGGUCGUAGUAGCAGGAAGAUUUUCAAGACUAAAGUAGUCAGUGCAUCGUAACACGCCAGAGGAUGGACCGGUGCUCCUUCUCAGUUUUAACCCGUGGCGCUAACACUUACCGACAUGCUUCCCAAAUCCCCUCCCAAACGUAGGACUCAGCAGUCUGUACCGGUCUACAGACGCCUCUCGUGCUUUAGGGCGAACGCAGUCGGUCGUUGGAAGAAUGGCAGACACUGACACGUUUCAUUUAAAAAGCAGAUCGGGGGUUUACGAAUACUCCAAAAAAGGCAAUAUUGGGUGCAAAAGGUUAAAUUCAGACUGCCAGUCGCUCGUUGAUGUUUGGAUAGUGUGACGUGUCCGUUUGCUGAAGACUCUUAAGAUGUUUCCGUCCUGAGAAUCGGCACAGCAGGUAUAAUAACACAGUUUAGACAUUACGCCCCUGAACCCCUUUGCUUGUUAUUAUGCACUGACUUGAAUUUGGAUAAAUAACGAAUGCUACAGAUGUCUUCAUAACAGCCUGACUAACCCAAAACUAGUAAUUGAGUCAAAAAUUUGUGAUUUUCGUUGUUUGUCCUGCCAAGACUGUAAGCUCUGAAAUAAUGCUCCCAAAUCUAGCAUUCAUUUCUGUUUAUCUGUGACAGGCUUUAAUGAACUUGUCAUUAUCGAUAUGACUGGUAGAUGCAAUAAUAUAUAUGUAUGCACUGAAAAUACAAAGAGGUCUCGCAUAUUUAUGGAUUUAAGUGGAAAUGUUAAAAAUGAUCAGCAGUUCUUACGAUAAUGUUCCAGAGCUGAGUGCCAUUUGAAUAUGACAAGAUUCUUGAAUCCCUGAAUGUUAUAACAGUAAUAUCCUCUUGUUU